AUUUGGCAUCCGGGGAAAGAACUCUGACCAUUGACAACCUAUUUAAAUAGAUAGUAUUAAAGUCCAACAACACUUGCAAACAGUCUAACCCUUUGUGCCACUGUUGGCAUUCUUGGGAACAAAUUGACACUGCCUUUGUUCAUUUGCGUUAUGCUAAUGAAAGCCAGAAGAGGAAGGAGAUCUCAGGCCUUUUGGCCCUCCAUUGUGAUGAAGAAAUGGCUUAAUAUUGCUCCUAAAGUGUAUGAUUUCAGUGAAGAUGAAGUUGACACUGAAACGGAGAGUGAGGAUGAUGGUUGGUCUCUCAGGGUGGUUGAAGAUCAUGGACAUAGAAAACGGGGGAAGCUUAAUGAAUGCGAGACUCAAACUGAAUUGUAUUGCUCAGGGAAACCAAGACACAGGAGAGGGAAAUCAGAAACGUUGAGAGUUGAGUAUAUUAACAAGAAAGAAGUGAGAGUUACAGUAGGUACUUGGAAUGUGGCUGGAAGACUUCCAGAUGAGGAUCUAGACAUUGAUGAAUGGAUUCAUAUGCAAGAACCUGCAGAUAUCUAUAUUCUUGGCUUCCAAGAGGUGGUCCCACUGAGUGCUGGAAAUGUACUUGGAGCAGAAAAUAGAAGACCUGUUCCUAAAUGGGAAGCCAUCAUCCGAAGAACAUUAAACAGGACACAAGAACCUGAAACUACGAUCAAGAGUUAUAGUGCUCCACCAUCUCCAGUUUUAAGGACUUCUUCUGCUGCUGACAUAAUUGCUGAUGUUGUUGAUACUCCUGCACUGGAUAUGAUGGCAGAUGCAUCACUGGACACAACUUCGUUUCGAGAAAACAACCUAGGAGAGAGUAUACAUUUCUAUGGCACUGAUUGUGAUAGUAGAUUGGAUUGGCCUGAACGUUCACUUGAUGCAACACCUCAAGUUCUUUCUUCUAGUUUCAAGUUGAGGAGAGUCUUGAGUAGUUGCGCGAGAGUUGGUUUUGGUAGCAUAGACAACCCUCUUGCUUUUGAUGGCAGAGGGUUAAAGAGGGUGCACCAAAGCUCAGGAAACUUAGGAUUAAUGUGGAUGGAUCAACAAGAUCUUGUUGAUUCUCUUUCUGAUCAAUUUCCUGACGAGGAAAAUGACUUGUGUGAAGAAUUUCCAGAGGUCAACAAAGAAGAAAGUUCACUUCUAAAUCAUACACGUCGAAUGUAUGUUCGUAUUGUGAGCAAGCAGAUGGUUGGUAUAUAUGUAUCAGUUUGGGUACGUAGAAGAUUGAGGAGGCACAUAAACAACUUGCAAGUCUCGUCUGUUGGUAUUGGACUAAUGGGGUACAUGGGCAAUAAGGGAUCUGUUUCUGUGAGCAUGUCUCUUUUCCAGUCACGGCUAUGCUUUGUUUGUUCUCAUUUGUCAUCUGGUCAAAAGGAUGGAGCUGAGCAAAGGCGUAACUCUGAUGUCAAUGAAAUCAUGAGGCGUACUCGUUUCUCAUCCAUAUUUCACACAGAUGCAGAUGAACCACAAACAAUUCCAUCUCAUGAUCAGAUAUUCUGGUUUGGAGAUUUAAAUUAUCGAAUCAGUAUGGUAGAUGCUGAGGUACGGAAGCAUAUCGCAAAAAAGCAGUGGAAUGAACUUCUGAAUAGUGAUCAGUUAAGCAAAGAGCUCCGAAAUGGACAUGUCUUUGCUGGUUGGAAGGAAGGGUUGAUUAACUUUGCACCAACUUACAAGUAUGAAAUCAACAGUGAUAGAUACAAUGGAGAAAUUCCGAGAGAAGGGGAAAAGAAGAGAUCACCAGCAUGGUGUGAUCGUAUACUCUGGUUUGGAAAUGGUAUAAAACAGCUCUUCUACAAGCGAGCAGAACUAAGACUGUCAGAUCAUCGGCCUGUAAGUUCAAUGUUCUCAGUACAAGUGGAAAUAUUUGACCACAGAAAGCUACAGAGAGUUCUAAAUGUUAACAGCGCUGCUAUACAUCCUGAGAUUCUUCUUGAAACUGGAGAGUAAGACUUGAAGCUUCUGCAAACAACUUGCUAUCAACCUUGACAGUAGAUGAUUAUUCCAUUAAUGGAGAAACUGCUAGAAUACAACUUGGGAAGAGAAGAGAUACAACAAAUAAGACUGCAUCGUGCUAAAGAAAGUAUGUAACACAGAUAAUCCACUAGACUAGACUGUGAUCAUCUCUCAGGGAUGAACAUCAUAUACUCGAGCGACCAAAAGCUUGGCUACAACCAAAAUGUGUUUAAUGUUGUAUAAAUCUAUAUUGUCGCUGAAAUUUUCUUUAGUGAUUUUCCCUUGUAUUUUUGAUCGGGGUUAUCCUAUACUGUAUUUUUCAUAGGCUUGUUUCCAAUAGUGUGAAUUUAGUUCAUCCGAAGGUUUUCCUUACUUCUCUUCUCAUCUCUUUCUUUCUUUACAUUUCCCAUUGAAAAGAAGGGAAUAGCUGUAUAGUUUAGUAAAUUCUAUCUAGAAGUAAUAUUUUGCCUGUAAAUGACCAACUGAACUGAUCAUCUUGAAUAAAAUUUCUUUACUGAU